AUGCGUUAUGUGAAUCCUGCUUCGGGUUGCUCGGCCAAGGCCAUGGACACUCUGCAGAUUAUGUCAGUCAAAGUUGCAGCAAUCAACGGGGGCUUGCACUGGCCACUACAAGAUUGCUACCUAGCACUGUCCGGUCCUAGCCGUGCCAUUGUCGUCUCAUAUGAUCCUACAUACGUUGAGGUUUCGCUCAAAGUGAAGGGCGCUAUUGAAUCUGAGGAUAAAGAUUUAAGUGCUCUCAUUGUGGUGUUUAGAGCUGGAGCCUGUCCUCAAAAUGUCUACCCUAGCAGGCUUAGCACGCUGGAAAUGAAUUUUGAUCACAUUUAUCAAUCGGUGGAGGCCACGGUCUUUAUAAGAAUUAUUGGCGGGUCGUGGCCGGAUGGCUUUCGGGGUGUAUUUAGUGCUGCCUCCAGUAGGGAUGACACCCUGCAAGUCAAGUUACUUGAGUUUGAAGAUGGUAGGUUGCCUGCUGACUCUAACGGUGUGAUCGCGCUCACACGACGUGUGGUCUCUGUUGCGCUUCAGAGGAACUUGAAGGUUUCUGUAAUGGCAUUUCCAAGAAACGUGGGAUAUGCUGCUGAGACCAGUGAAGCAGUUUUACAACCUCAUAGAGCCGGUGUAAGCCCCCCAGGAGUCAAUCUCUGUGUUGGCUCGUGUAGUAUGGAAUGGUAUUGUGGCAUUUUUUCUAGUGGUGUAUGCUAG